AUGGGGGGGAAGGAGUUGGGGGGGGAGGAGGGAAAGGGAUGGGGGGGGAAGGAGUUGGGGGGGAGGAGGGAAGGGAUGGGGGGGAAGGAGUUGGGGGGGACAAGGAAGGGGAUGGGGGGGGAAGGACUGGGGGGGGUCCCAAUGGGGGGGAACGGGACUGGGGGGGGGGCAAGCAAAGGGCUGGGGGGGUCCCAGGGUGGGGAGAGAGAUGGGACUGGGGGGGGGAACCAAUUCGGGGGCCAGGAAAGCACUGGGGGGGGGUCCCAAUAA